AUGGUGGUGGAAAUUAGUUUUAUUAAGACAGCUGUUAACGUUAGAUGGUCCUUCCCGUUGCAGCCCGAGUCAGAGGUCUUCGAGAUCACGGAUUUUACCACCGCGUCGGAGUGGGAGAGGUUUGUGUCCAGAGUAGAAGAGGUGCUGAACGACUGGAAGCUGAUUAGGAACAAUGCAAGCAAACCACCAGAGAAGGGUGAAUACACCAGUGGUACCUGGGAGAAGAAGACCAAGGAUAUCAACUUUGCGGAUUUUAAAUUCUCCGUAACCCACCACUACCUGAAGCAAGAGUCUGAGGAGAGCGAGGGGAAGGAGGAACCUGAGGAGGAUGCCUUCCCAACGGCCAUGCAGGACCUGCUCUGUACAAACAAUGACUUCCCUCCCAGAGUCCACUGCCUCGUCAGAUGGUAUGGCAUGCGUGAGAUUGUGGUCAUCUCCCCUGGGGCCAACUGGGAGCCAGUCAUCAGUGAGUCCAAGUGCGACCUGCUCCUCAGCUCUGUCUCCAUCUCUCUGACCAACACAGGCUGCCAGGUGCCGAUGUGUGUACAAAUCCAGCAGAAGUGGAGGAGGAUGUACCAUGGGGAGUGCCAGGGACCGGGGGUGCAUACCGACUUUGAGAUGGUCUACCUCCGCAAGGUGCCCAGCCAAUACAACUACCUCUCAGGCCUGCUGGACAUCUUUAAGUCCAAGAUGGUCUGCCCCCUGUCUCCUCUUCCUCCCAUCAACAUCGCUAUCCGCUUCACGUACGUUCUGCAGGACUGGCAGCAGUACUCCUGGCCUCAGCAGCCCCCUGACUUCGAAGGUCUCCUCGGAGGGGAGGUGGGAGGGGUGGAGUUUGGGAAGCUGCCAUUCGGAGCGUGUGAGGAUCCAAUCAGUGAGCUUCACCUAUUGACCACCUGGCCCCACCUGACAGAAGGUAUCGUGGUGGAUAACGAUGUGUACUCUGACCUGGACCCACUCCAGGCCCCUCAUUGGUCAGUCCGAGUCAGGAGCACAGACAACCCCAUGUCCUUGCUCGGUGACUUCAUGACAGAGUUCUUUAAGCUGUGCUCCAGGAAGGAGUCAACAGAGGAGAUUCUGGGAAGAGGUCCAUUUGAGGAGGAAGGCAAAGCUGACGGAGCCCACAGCCGUGCCCUGUCUAAGCUGACGGAGCCCACAGCCGUGCCCAUCCCCAAGCUGUCUGUCUCCAACAUGGUGCACAGCGCCCGCAAACGCAUCCGCCGCCACCGCCGCAUUGACGAAUCACCGCUCAGCAAUGACGUGCUCAACUCCAUACUGCUGUAUCUCUUCCCAGACGCAGCCAUAGGUAAACCAUCAUCAGAGAACAGCGAGAGAAAGGCUGCUCAAUCAAACACCGAUGGGGAAACCAGAAGAGAAGGAUUCUGACGACUGUAGAGCCUGUACAACCAGCUGAAGUCUUCUAGUAACAGUCUGUGUCUGGUUAACUUCUACCAUGGAGGCGUCCGGGCCGUGGCUCACCUCUGGCAGGAGUUUUUCCUGGAGAUGAGAUACCGUUGGGAGAACAACUACCUCGUCUAUUGACUGGCCGGUGAGUCCCCAGACCUCCGCUGCUGUCUCCUCCACCAGAAACUCCAGAUGCUCAACUGCUGCACCGAGAGGAAGAGAGCGAGGGAUGACGGGAGGAAAAUGACGAAAGGAGGGAGAACGAGGGAGAGGAAGGUGUCACGGUCGACCGAGAAUGGGUGCCUGGGACCGGAGAGUGCGGCGACGGUGGAGGGCACGAUAGAGGUGUCUCCUAGGAAGUCACGGGACACGUGGAGCGACAGCGAGGGCGAAGACGAGUUCUUUGAGUGCCUGAGCGACACGGAGGUGGUGAAGGACGGUCCAUCUACAGACGGCAAGAAGGGCGGAGCUAAAGAGGACGGGGCCAAGGCGGGCAAGCCGGAGGGUCGGCUCCACCCCCACAGGAAGUUGACCCUGCUCAACUCCACGGAACCCCUGUACAUCCCUGUCACUCAGGAGCCAGCGCCUAUGACAGAGGACCUGCUGGAGGAGCAGUCGGAGGUGUUGGCCAAACUGGGCACGUCAGCUGAGGGUGCCCACCUUUUCGCUCGCAUGCAGAGUGCCUGUCUGCUCUCAGACAUGGAGUCUUUUAAGGCAGCGAGCCCGGGCUGUACCCUGGAGGACUUUGUGCGGUGGUACUCCCCCAGGGACUACGUUGAGAAAGCAUUGUCUAGUAGGCUGAGAAGCCAAUCACCAUGCAGCGCUGAGUCUGAAGAGGACAUCCUAUCUGCAAGAAAGGCCAUCCAACAGGCCACCUCUAAUGCCGGUAAGCUGCUGCGCCACCCCAUCCUAGACUACAAGAAACUGGAGGAUAUGAUCAGCCAGCUGAUAGCGGUGGAGAUGGUCGUUUCCCACUCUCUGAAGACUAAGUUUGGCAUCGGGAAGACAGAACCGGGCAAAGACGCAGAGGAUCUGGAGAGGUGCGUGAGAUCUUUGCUGGAGGAACCUGAGUGUCUGAUCAGAGCAGGGUGCGGUCCAGCCAGCAGCAUCAUUCACAAGCUGUUUGUCAGCGCUCAGAGGGCUGCUUUAUUGGCUCCAUUGGAGGAAGACACAGGACGUGGGGGUGGCACUGAUGACAGAAAGCCAUUGGGAGGUGCCAGUGUGCCAGAUUUCCCCCCACCAGCAGGGCGUGAGAUCCUGCUGCGUACGUGUGUCCCGCGGCCCGCGCCCUACUCCAGCCUCUUCUGUGUCCUGAUGAGAGACAAAUUCAGGCUGGUUGGGGCCUUCUCAUCCGACACCUCCUUUUUCUGAGAGAGAUAGGGACUAGUCUGGAAGAUGAACCAGGGAGUUUUGUUGGUAGGUCGGCUUUAGGCUCUAUGGUCAGUGACUGAAGUAAGGCUGUGUGUGCUGCAUUGCAUUAUGGGUGGAACUAUGGGAGAAUAUGUGGUUUGAUUGGUUCAAAAGUGAAAGCUCCACCCAUCUCAGGGCUCUAGCACCAUCUCAGUGGUCUCCUGGGAACAUCAGAGAAACAGAACGGAGGCCAGCGAGUGGCCCAUACUCAUGACAUUAUCACUCUGUGCGACGACUCAUAUCAGACUGUUGGUUGGUUCCCAGAGGGCUACUGUCUAUGCUCGUUUAAGUCUCUCCCCCCAGUGAGUUAAUUGUAGUUCAUUCAGUUUGGUGAGCGAGAGGAAAGUAUACGUCUUGGUCUGAUAUCUGUGUUGUGAACAUUUUCACUUAUUUGGAAUCCCUUGAAUUGUAUCCGUUUACUUUCUUGUCUUAUUAUUGUUCAUUUCAUUGUUGAUUUUGACAAUUUUAUUUUUUAGACUUUUCAGUUGUUUGAGGUUUAAGUGCAAAAUAGACCACUCACCUGGAACCUGAACUUACUGUAACUGUUGUGUAGUAAAAUAUAUCUCAUGCUUUUAUGUUGCAUAGCUCAGACAAAAAAUAUACCAGGGGAAAAUAACUGUACCCUCUUGGUGUGAUAAUGUGGCAGAAAAUGAGUUUGGGAAGUAACCAAAACGUGGAUAUUUCUCUUGACCCAUCUCUCUGAGUCGUACUAUGCUAAUUAGCAUAUCAUUUAUUUUUCAAUUCCACUUCAUUGUGAUCAUUUGUGGCUUACCAGUGUUGCCCAAUCAGUCAUUGGUUGAAAGCUGUCAUCUCUUAGGUACUCACAACGCUCUCUGUCUGUUCUGUAGGCCCAGACACUCACACUGCCCAUCGCACUUUACAGUAUGCAGUUAAUUUGUUUACCACGUCUUAAAGGGCCAAUCUCCCGUUGCUACAUCCAUUUUUUUUACUUUAACAUUUUUGAUAUGCACCCAUUGAUUCUUGAAGAAUAUAAUUUAUAAUUGCCUCAUGAGCUUAGUUCAACUGUCGUACCCCAUCAGAACCCCAAAUAUAAGCUUGUUUUACUCCAAUGCUUGUAAACAUGUACAUUUGAACAAACCGUGAUUAAAGCUAUCAUUUUAGUAUCAUGGAUGGUCAGUCCUUGCAUCCAUAGCUCUGUCUAUGAAUUUGAGAGUGGUUCCAUUUCUCCAGCACCAUCCCUCAGCUUUUUAGCAAAACAGUGGUGGGGAAAACGCAUUGUUAUUGUUUCAACUGCUGAUUGCCGCUUUAAAGCAUUUCUCACCAUAUCAAUGCUUAUUGAUAUACAUGCAAUUACUGUAGGUUUUCCCUUGUCACUUAAAUGUAUUGAAUCCUGGUGGAAAGUGCAAUUAUACACUACCGGUCAAAAGUUUUAGAGCACCUACUCAUUCCAUUUUUUUUAUUUUUAUUAUUAUUAUUUUUAUUAUGAAGACAUCAAAACUAUGAAAUAUCACAUAUUGAAUCAUGUAGUAAUGAAAAAAGUGUUAACAAAUCAAAAUAUAUUUGAGAAUCUUCAAAGGAGCCACGCUUUGCCUUGAUGACAGCUUUGCCCACUCAUGGCGUUCUCUCAACCAGCAACCUGUAAUGCACUUCAAUUAACUUUUAACAGGCACACCUGUUAAUUUGUGGAAUUUCUUUCCUUCUUAAUGCAUUUGAGCCAAUCAGUUGUGUUGUGACAAGGUAGGGUGGGUUUACAGAAUGUAGCCCUAUUUGGUAAAAGACCAAGUCCAUAUUAUGGCAAGACCAGCUCAAAUAAGCAAAGAGAAAUGACACUCCAUUAUUACUUUCAUGAAGGUCAGACAAUACGGAACAUUUCAAGAACUUUGAACGUUUCUUAAAGUGCAUUCGCAAAAACUGUAAAGCGCUAUGAUGAAACUGGCUCUCAUGAGGACCACCACAGGUAAGGAAGACCCAGAGUUACCUGCUGCAGAGGAUACGUUCAUUACAGUUACCAGCCUCAGAAAUUGCAGCCCAAAUAAAUGCUUCAGAGUUCAAGUAACAGACACAUCUUAACAUCAACUGUUCAGAGGAGACUGUGUGAAAGGCCUUCAUGGUUGAUUUUGCUGCAAAGAAACCACUACUAAAUGACACCAAUAAUAAGAAGAGACUUGCUUGGGCCAAGAAACACGAGCAAUGCACAUGAGACCGGUGGAAAUUUGUCUUUUGGUCUCGAGUCCAAAUUGGAGAUUUGGGGUUUCAACCGCAGUGUGUUUGUGAGACGUAGAGUAGGUGAACGGAGAUGAACACUACCCAAAGUCUGGGUAAACGGAUGCUCUCCGCAUGUGUGGUUCCCACCUUAAAGCAUGGAGGAGGAGGUGUAAUGGUGUGGGGUGCUUUGCUGGUGACACUGUCUGUGAUAUAUAUUUGGAAUUCAAGGCACACUUAACCAGCAUGUCUACCACAACAUUCUGCAGCAAUACGCCAUCCCGUCUGGUUUGAGCUUAGUGGGACUAUCAUUUGUUUUUCAACAGGACAAUAACCCAACUCACCUCCAGGCUGUGUAACGGCUAUUUUACCAAGAAGGAGAGCUGCAUCAGUUGACCUGGCCUCCACAAUCCCCUGAACUCAACCAAAUUGAGAUGGUUUGGGAUGAGUCGGACCGCAGAGUGAAGGAAAAGCAGCCAACAAGUGCUCAGCAUAUGUGGGAACUCCUUCAAGACUGUUGGAAAAUCAUUCCAGGUGAAGCUGGUUGAGAGUGCCAAGAGUGUGCAAAGCUGUCAUCAAGGCAAAGGGUGUCUACUUUCAAGAAUCUCAAAUAUAAACUAUAUUUUGAUUUGUUUAACACUUUUUUUGGUUACUACAUGAUUCCAUAUGUGUUAUUUCAUAGUUUUGAUGUCUCCACUAUUAUUCUACAAUGUAGAAAAAGAAAAACUCUUGAAUGAGUAGGUGUUCUAAAACUUUUGAAAGAGAGUGUUUAUUCUAUAUUGUAAAGACGUAGCCUUUCAUAUAGCAGCAGAAAGACCGGUGUCUUAGCUAAUGGUGUUAGUGCUGUUUCUAUGAAGAAUGAUGUCAAGUGCUAUUCAUUGUUAAAUUACUGAGUAACUUUGACUUGUUCAGUAAUGCGGACAUAUUUUUCUACUUUGUCAGUAUUUGAAUGAUUCAACCUGUGAAGCUAGCCAAAGUCUGUACAUAUCAAAUCAGUGUUGAUUCUAAGUGUCUCAAAGUUUAGUACUGUUACUUUGGUAAAAAAUAUAUAUAAAGUUUUAAUUUGACACAAAAUAAAAAUGUAUAAUUUAA